GACGACUUAGCUUGCCCGUCGCCACCGCGUGCAUAACACGGUCGUUCCCGCCGGUCGGUCGUCAUCGUCAGUCCGCCCGCGUUACCGCCACCACCGUCGUUCGUUUCGCGUGCGAUUUCGCGUUUUUCGGUCUUUUACCUGUACGACACUGUCGUUCGCUAAUUUUUUUAUUGCCGAUUUUUAUUUUAUCCGUUUCUUGCUCUCUCUCUCUCACUCUCUUCUAUUCCAUCGCCGUCGCCGACCGUAUGCGCGUGUCGGACGAGUUUGCGAAUUUCCGCGGAUUUUUUUAUUCCCGGAACUAACAAUACCAGGUAUCCGUUAACGUAUAACCGGGUACACGCGGAGUCCGUGGUCGUUCGUAUCGUGGCACUCGUAAACGCUGCCGCCGGUAUUAUCGUGCUCGUCGCCUAAUAUCACCAAAGUGCACACACGUUACUCUGUUUAACUCUAAACCCGACCCGACUUGCAAUCGGUCGCGUGUGACGUGUCGUCGUCGUCGUCGUCGAGGAGUAAGGACGCAAAAUCCUAGAGGAAAAUUAAUAAAAACUAAAGACAGAGAAAGUUCGAUUUUCACGUGCGCGCACACCACACGCACCUUCCGAUGUUAUAUCUUUCGGUGACCGGCGUCGUGUCAAGCGUAUACUCGUAAUACGUACACAUAAAACCAGAGGUAAUUUUUCCGGAACUACCAUUAAUUUAUUUCUUAUAUGGUGUUGACAAAAACAUGUACUAAAUUUUAACUUUGAGUUGAAUAAAAAAUCAUUUAUUCGGAUUGUUUCAAGUGGAUUUUGAAAAUUUAAACUUAAAUAAAUCAAUAAGGUGUUUUUGUCAUUAUAACAAAAAAGAAACCUGUCCGAACAUUGAAAAUGCCGCCGGCUUUGUACGGACUGUUUGCCGCGUAUGUGACGUUUGUCGUACUGGAAACACAUGCCAUUACCAUUGAAGAAUUGCCGCCAGAUCACGUGCGAGAGUUGUCCUGCGGCCGAAUGUACUACAGGACUUUUCACUUGGAUGAAAAUCGUGACACAUUAUACGUCGGUGCCAUGGAUCACGUGUACCGGCUGAACUUGAGCAACAUCAGCCACUCUAGCUGCAAGCAGGAUUCCAUAAAUCUGGAACCGUCAAACAUUAUGAGCUGCACGUCUAAAGGAAAAUCUGAGAAUUUUGAUUGCCGAAAUCACAUCCGAGUCAUCCAGUCGAUCGGUGACGGUAGCCGAAUAUACAUUUGUGGCACAAACGCGCACAAUCCAAAAGAUUACGUGAUAUACUCCAACUUAACACAUCUUCCUAGACACGAGUACGUGCCCGGCGUGGGUCUGGGCACGGCCAAAUGCCCGUACGAUCCGCUGGACAACUCGACAGCCAUUUGGUCAGAAAAGGGCAAUCCGGGGCAAUUACCGGCUUUGUACAGUGGUACCAACGCGGAGUUCACCAAAGCAGACACAGUUAUUUUUCGGACGGACCUGUACAAUUUGACCACGGGGCGCAAAGAAUUCGCGUUCAAGAGGACUCUCAAAUAUGACUCCAACUGGCUCGAUAAACCCGAUUUUGUGGGCUCCUACGACAUCGGCCAAUACGUCUUCUUUUUCUUCCGUGAAACCGCCGUCGAGUACAUCAACUGUGGAAAAAGCAUAUUUUCGCGAGUAGCCAGAGUGUGCAAGAAAGACACAGGCGGCAAAAGCAUACUUAGUCACAACUGGGCCACGUACCUGAAGGCCCGACUCAACUGCUCCAUACCCGGAGAAUAUCCGUUUUACUUCAACGAAAUCCAGAGCAUUUACAAGGUGCCAGAUGAUGAUACGCUUUUCUACGGCGUGUUUACCACUUCCACUACCGGGCUGAUGGGAUCGGCCAUAUGUACUUUCCGGCUAGAAGACAUCGAUCACGCGUUCGCUGGCCGAUUCAAAGAACAAGCCAGUUCUACUUCGGCCUGGCUCCCAGUACUGUCUACCAAAGUACCGGAGCCCAGACCGGGACAGUGUGUCAAUGAUACGGAGACUUUACCAGAUUCCGUAUUGAAUUUCAUACGCAGUCACCCUCUUAUGGACGAGGCGGUAGCGCACAAAGACAACGAACCGGUGUUCUACAUGCGUGACUUAUUCUUUACGCGUCUUGUAGUAGACGUUCUCGAUUACGUCGUGUUCGGAAAUCAUCUGCAUUACACUGUCUAUUACGCUGCCACCAAUGAAGGCCGCGUUUACAAAGUAGUCCAAUGGUAUAAUGACGAAGGUGUACCCGGAUCUGCUCUUCUGGACAUAUUUGACAUCAUGCCCGGUCUGCCUAUUACAGCAAUGGAAAUAUCCAGAAAGCACAAGGCCCUCUAUGUGGCGUCCGAUGAGAGCGUCCGACAGAUAUACUUGUCAAUGUGCACUCACCGGUACGACAGCUGCUUGCGAUGCGUCCACGACCCGUAUUGCGGAUGGGACAAACAGACCAAGACCUGCAAACCCUACCAGCCCGGACUCCUGCAGGACGUGACCAACUCAUCGCGAAGCGUGUGCGAAAGUUCAGUGGUUAACAAGAGAUUGACCGUGACGUUCGGCCAGAGCGUACAUCUCAGUUGUUUCGUGAAAAUGCCGCAAGUGCUGAAAGUGUACCCGGUUACCUGGUACCAUCACAGCAAGGAGAAGGGACGGUACAUGGUCUCGUUCAGCCGAGUGGAAAAAUACAUUGCGACCGUCGAAGGCGGCAUGGUAAUUGUUGGAGCGUCAGAAGAGGACGGCGGCCGGUAUGACUGUCAGCUGGCCGGUGCCUUGUUGUGCACGUUCAACUUGACGGUGGACGCGCAUCGGUGUUCACCGCCCGCCCGGUCAGCGGACUACCAUCGGGUGUACUCGGACUGGUGCCACGAGUUCCAGAAAUACAAGAGUGCGAUGAAAUCUUGGGAAAAAAAACAAGCUCAAUGCAGUAGCUCAAGACAAAACGAGACCGCAAUCGCCCAGGGUCUCCUGUCAAACGAAUUAAACGCGAGCCCGGCCCUAUAAGGAGGAGAUACCAUAAUAUACGAGAUGCCGCCGAAGCAACCGCCGCCGACACAACCGCCGCCACUACCACCACAGCCACCGCAAACACCAGCCCCAUCCCGUGUACACGCUAUAUAUAUAUAUAUAUAUAUAUAUAAAUAUAUAUUAUAUAUGUAUAUUGUAUUAUAAUAUGCAUUUAUGUUAUAAUAUACCAUCACCAUCGUGUCAGUCAUCCCGCCACCGCGGAAAAAAAGUAAAAAAUGUAAUAACAAUAUAAUAUAUUGUAUAAGGUAAAAAUGUCAUCAUACAGUCAUCGUCGUCGUCGUCGUCGUCAUAGUCGUUAAGUAUAAUAUAGUAUAAGAGGAUUUUCUUUUUUUUUUAAUGCAGAUUCAUAUUUAUUAUAUACACCUGUAUAAGUGUUUGUAUACAUAAUAGCAUACAGCUAAUGUAUGUACACGUGUCGUACGUAUUAUUUAAUAUUAUGUAUAAUGUAUAUUAUGUACUUAAUAAUAAUUAGACGUUAAUGUACAGACUGCCUAUAUAAGCUUUAAACUAUAACCACGACGAACGACGAGCGAUAUUAUACUAUACCUUUUUUUUUUUUUGACGAUAUAUACAUAUUUUAUCUACAAUCUUCUGUGAUAAUGUAGCUGUUAGAUUUUUUUUU